CAAGUUUUUUAUGCUUUGUUAACCAACAUAUGAUUGACAAAAAUAAAGUUCAAUUGAUGUGCAUCAUGGAUCCAAUUAUGUCUAAAUUAGGUGAUAAUUGUUCAAACUCUUUGAUUGUGGCUCCAAACUCGUCUUUCUUCAUUAAGGAUAUUCUUUCUGAGAAAACAUUGGAAACAAGUCAGGAUAUCAAAGAAAUCAGGGAUUCAUAUUAUCAUCACCAUCAUUCUCCUUCAACUGGAAAUCCAUUGAAUUCUUAUUCAUCCAAUGGUUAUCAUUGCUCAUUCCAUCCAAUCAAUGGUAACAAUCAAACAAUUUUAUCAAACAAUUCAAAUGAUCCAUCAAGUUUAGCUGCUGCCGCUGCCGCUGCUGCUUUACUUCAUCCCUCUUUUGCAGCCUAUUCAGCAAGUCACCAUCAUGAUUUAAUACUGCAUCAUAUGCAGAGAGCUGCCUCGGAAGCAGCAACUCAUGUUGCCUCUCAUCGGCGGAGGAAAGCCAGAACGGUGUUUUCAGAUCAUCAGCUGCACGGUCUUGAGAAAAGAUUUGAAACUCAGAGGUAUCUUUCAACACCUGAACGAUUAGAUUUGGCAACAAGUUUGAAUCUUAGUGAAACACAAGUGAAAACAUGGUUUCAAAACAGAAGGAUGAAACAUAAAAAGAUGAUGAAAAAAGGAAACACUAAUAAUAACACCAAUAAUAGCCAGCAAACAUUGACAGCAUCUAAAGGCUCACCUCAUUAGUAGCUGUUGGAAAACAAUGAACCCUAGAAACACUUGGUACAUAUCAAUCCAGAUCCCUAUCACGGAUGGAGUGUCACAGUCCCAGUUAACUGUAAAUUAAAAAAACAAUUCAAACAAGGUAAAUAGAUAAUCAAACUAACUAAUACAACAAUUACAAACCAAAGAUGGGCUGCAAAAAAAAUCAACACUUGUAAAAAAUUAUGGUUACAUUAGCUUUAAAAAUGGCCAAUUUCAAUCCAUUUAUUGAUAGGUUUGAUGAAUCCUUUGCUGAUGGAUAACACAAAAUCAAACUUGUACUAAUAAUGUAUUAAAUUUCAAAUUAAUAGCCAUUUUUAUCCACAAUUAAAUAUUAAAUACAAUUACAAAAAA